GCCAUGUCUUGGCUACAGAGCUGUUGAAGAACCACAGACGCUUGCCGCCCGCAGUCUCUGGGAAGAGAACUCCAGAGCGGAGGAGGCCUCAAGCGUGGGAUAUGAGAGACAAGCGCAGCACUGAGGACUUCCACAGAUUGUUGGACACUGUGAGUUGACAGCCAACCAGAAGAUCUGACAGAGCUCCAGGAACAUCUACACGCACGCAUAAAGAUCACGCUACGUACGGCUACAGGAGGAAACUGUGAAUUACUACAUUCUUCUGGUCUGUGCAGAGGCAGACUGACGCGGGGGGAAAAAGAAGGCGGCCAGAACAAAAAAAAACAGCCAAAAAAAAAAAAAGGUGGUGGACAGGGAGGAGAGAAGUACAGCAACCAUGAGGGUAGAAACGUGGAAACUGGGCAUGAUGCUCUUCUUCUGUCUCGCCGCACUGGGCAGUUCUCGCUCAGACAAUGAGCCGCUAUUGUCUAGGCGCCGCCGGGCACCAGUUGAUGAUUCCAAAAGGUGCUCGUACACGUUCUUGGUGCCCCAGCAGAGGAUCACGGGACCCAUCUGCGCAUCGACCACAGGGCCUGAGCCGGAAAAGGAUCGAGUGACGCGCAUGGACAUCUCUGACCUGAAGGAAGUGUUGUCCAAGCAGCGUCGUGAGAUUGAGACGCUGCAGCUUGUGACCGACGUGGACAGCAACUUGGUGAAUGAGAUGAAGCUCUUGCGCAAGGAGUCGCGCAACAUGAACUCACGUGUCACACAGCUCUACAUGCAGUUACUUCAUGAAAUAAUACGCAAGCGUGACAACUCGUUGGAGUUGGUGCAGCUCGAGAACCGGGUGCUUAACGUGACAUCUGAGAUGCUGCGGCUGGCCACGCGCUACAAGGAAUUGGAGCUGCGCUUUGCUAGCCUGGCUGCCACCGUCAACAAUCAGUCAGUGCUGAUCUCCAUGCUGGAAGAGCACUGCAUGCGCGGGUAUGGACGCCACGAGCUGCCUGCCGUGCCACCGCUGGUGCAGGUGGUGCCUGAGACCAUCCCAGCAAACAACAACCGCUUCACCAACGAGAUCCACAGAGAUCACAACAACCGAGCCUUCCCACGUGGCUCGCGCAUGGAUGUCCAACCAACCGCUGACCCUGUAGGUGUCCCACCAGCACCACAGGGAACCCUGAACUCUGACGGCCCAUUCCGCGAUUGUUACCAAGUUCGCCAGGCAGGGCACAGCACCAGCGGGAUGUACCUUUUAAAGGCAGAGAGCAGUGACCGGCUGAUUCAGGCUUGGUGUGAGCAGGGGUUGGACAACGGCGGCUGGACUGUCUUCCAGAGGAGAAAAGACGGCUCAGUCAACUUCUUCAGGAACUGGGAGAACUACAAGAAAGGCUUUGGGAAUAUAGAUGGUGAGUAUUGGCUGGGGCUUGAGAACAUAUACAACCUGGCCAAGCAAGGUGACUACAGGUUGAUGGUGGAACUGGAAGACUGGACAGGGAAGAAAGUCUACGCCGAGUACAGCAGCUUCCGGCUGGAGCCUGAGCUUGAGGGCUAUCGUUUACGCCUGGGCACCUACCAGGGAAACGCCGGCGACUCGCUGGCCAGCCACAAUGGCAAGCCCUUCACCACGCUGGACCGUGACAAAGACUCUUUCACAGGAGGCAACUGUGCUCACUUCCACAAAGGCGGCUGGUGGUACAACGCGUGUGGGCAGACUAAUCUGAACGGUGUGUGGUACCCCGGAGGUGUGUACCGCAGCAAGUUCCAGGAUGGGAUCUUCUGGGCUGAAUACGGAGGAGGCUUCUACUCGCUCAAGUCCGUCCGCAUGAUGAUUCGCCCGCUCGACUGAGAGUUGCUCCUAUUGGCUUGUGGUCUGAGAGACGGUAGGGUUGGAAACGAGCUCUCCACUCUCUCUCUGCAGUCAGCGAGAGAAAAAGGCCAGUUCAUCCAUUCAACAACUCCUCCUGUUUUUGGCUCCUGCAAUCCCAGUCUUGUUUCGGUCCUCCUUACAGACUGAGUUUUCAUGUUUUCAUCCCUUUGACAAAAUUAGCUAGGACAACCAUACUGUACACAUUUCAUUCUGUGGUUGUGAUUCCCAUCCCACCCCGCUUUACUUUUUCCACUCUAUACACAACAAGGACUGGAAACAGUCUGGGCUGAGAGCUCAGUCAGCUUUGAUGUGUACUGGUCUGUAAAUAUAAUUUAGAUUUGUAAGUUUGCCUUGUUUUGUUUUUUUGAAAGAGUUCAUUUAAGAACUCUUCUACAGAACUGCCCUUAUCCACGGCUGUUAUUUAUCAGUAGUUAUUUAUAAUAGUUACGCUAUUUGUUAUUUAUGCCUGUGUACGAUGUAUGUUGUGCUUUUGCCGUCCACACGUCCGUGUCGAUAGUGCCACAAUACAAUUUGUACGUACAUAAGAACACAGCGGAAAUCAAAUAAACUUGUACAGCACUGA